AAAAAUGCUGAACAGAUUGGCUGAGAUUGGGACAUACAGCCAGGCUUGCCAUAUACAACACGUCUCUCUGCCUGUCCAUCCAUUAGAUUACCGCACGCUUGAUAGACAUGAAAACACAAUCUACUACACUACAUAUUAUCGCUAUAUAUCAUUAGAAUAGUAGGGUUUUAUGCUAUUGCCUCUCUAAUCACACAGGUACGCUGCGAAUUCUGCUCAUUCCGUCACCUUUCUUCGCAUUUAGUAUUUGCUAAUGAAUUUUUCCCUCUGUUUUUACCUGAAUAUUAUGUGCACAGACCAUAUAAUCUGAAGCAUAUAAGGUGUUCAAUGAUAUGUUUCUAUGAGAAAAGCAUAUUAGUUUUUACAAUUCCGCUUAUCAUUUUUAGUUUUUGUGGUUUCGAUGCUGAUGUCUUCUAUAAAUGCUCUAUUCUUCUACUAUUUGGAUAUUUAAGUUUCUUAGUUUCAGUGUUCUUUCUUCUCGAAGCAGAAGUAGUUCUCUGUGAACAUAGUAAAAACCUAGCCUGGAGAAAAACUCAAUGGAGAAUACUUUAAAUGUCAUACGUCUCUUUUUGAAAUGUCAUACAUCUAUAUUUAGUCUAAUAUUUCAUUUAGCAUUUUCAGUUUUUAUAAACAAAGCAUGUUUUUUUUUGAAUUGGUUUGUUUUUAUAGUCAUCCCCCCAAGAUUUGUCCAAAAAAAUCUGUAUUAAAAAAACUACAUUCUUCUACCAAGCCCUUCAUGCUUAGUUUUUGGUGUUUACAAUAGCAAAAUGUUCUUUGUGCAUAUAUUAUGUUUGAUUAAAUGCAUAGAAGUCGAUAUGUCCUGACAACGGUCACAAGUUCACUUUAAAAAAUCCGGCCAAAACACACACAACAGCAGCUCAAACCUCUAACUGCAGUCCUCUGUAGCACAUCAAACUGCCACAUCCAUUCUUCCACGCUAUGUAAAGGGAGUUAUCAUUUUUGGAUUUUUAGACCCUUCGAUAUGACACACUAGAUAAACACAAUUGAAGAGAUCAACGAUUCAAAGGAGACAUAGAAGAUUGCGGUUUGGGUGAUAUCACUUUGUUCUGUUCAUUCUUCUUCAAAGUUCAUUGGAAUGAUUUUAAUGGACGCUAAGUGGUGAUAUGAAAAUGUGUACUUUAUUGGGCGAGUGUGCUUCCAAAUUGUUGAAUUUUCGUGAAAGACAUCAAUCGGAGGCUCGGAGCUAACUGUUGUCAUACUAACACAUGCAAAAUUCAAGGAACCAGAAGGGUCAUACGAUGCAAUCCUAUAAUGUUGGUGAGGUAUUGUGCCUAUAACAAAGGCAUGACCCUAAAUUAUGAAGAGAUGCAGCGGAGGCAAAAACGAGGAGACUUGGGGUUGAAGAGAUGCAGGGGCGGCAAAAAGAAGAAGGAGAGUCAGGCGUUGAAGAGAUGCAGCCGCAAAAAGAAGAAGGAAAGUGAGGCGUUGAAGAGAUGCAGCGGCCACAAAAAGGAGGAGGGUUGGACUUUGAAGAGAUGCAGCGACGACCCCUGCGUCUGCGAAAAGAAGCUUAAGAGAGCAGGAUGCCCGUAUUCACUAUUCGACCCAGAAAACUAUUUUCCUUCUCCAAUAAAUACCAUCCACCCUGAUUGUACUACUGGUGAACCACAUGACUUUUUCGAAUUUCCUGAAGAAAUAUUUAUGGAGGAGAUCAAGCCUCUUAAUAUUAAGAAAGGCAAGAAAUUGCCUAUUGAUGUGUUUUCCUUGUUAUCUAAUGGCGGUAAAACAAACUCCCUUGUCCGUAAAAACGGUGAAAGAGUUGGUUUAAUCGAUGCUAUUGCCGGUAAGUAUUUGGUUGUUUGUUGCUUCAUCGUGCCUAUGUUUGCUGGCGACCCUCCUCAGCGUGUAUGCCGCAGCUUGAUUGCAACUUACAAUGGCUUGAAGAAGAAUAACUCAAAUUUCGAGAUGGUGAUGGUAGCUAAGAUGAGAUCCUCAUUUAUCUCUAAGGAACAAGAGGAACCUGCUUUCGACUGGUUUUUUUCUGCGUUUCCUUGCCUGGCUGUACCCUUUUCUGACUUUUCGACCCGGGACUCGAUUUGCAAGCUUCUUGGGUUAAAAAGUUCGAGGUUGACUGAAAGUGAUGCUUGUCUUGUUCUAGAUCCGGAUCAAAAGGUUUUGCAGUCGGAUACUUUGUGUUUCAAAGAGUAUGGUGCUGCGUACUUCCCUUUCACUGAUCACCACUUGGACUCCGUUAAGAAAAAAAUUGAGGAGGUAAGGAUGAGGUUGGAUCCAGUUUACCGGCAAUCGAAACUCGACGGCCAGGAGACAUUGAAGAGGUGGUCGGGUCCUCUCUACAAGGGCGUUGUAGAAGAUGAAAUCAGCAAUAAACCUGUGACCCUGGAGGAACUCUUGUGCUGCGAAUCCUCAAUGCUCCUACACAAAUGUGAUGGCAGUAGCCAAGAGAACAAGGUAAUAUCUGUUGCAGACCUCAGCAAGAGCAAGUGUGUUGUCUUGUACCUUUGCUUUGAUGCUGCAUUUAUGUCUCGUCUUGAAAUCUUCCGUCGCAGAUGUGUUAAGCGUAAGCAACAGUUUGACGUUGUGAUCAUAAACCUAUCCUACUUUUCUGACGAGUCUUCGUACUCUGAAGCAUUCAAGUUGGCAUUGAAAGAGAACGGUAUAUCAUCUUGGUGGGAGCUUCCCUUUGUUGACCAUGUUAGCCGAAGGCUUUACCAAAUUGUUAAUGUUCCAUAUGAAGAUGAUGUAAUCAUUUGGGCUGGUGGUGGGCGUUCCGGUGAGCUAAGUGGAUUAGCUCUUAUGGAGUGGUGUGGCUCAAGCAACUUAUAUCCUGUCACUAGAAAGAAAUGGUUAGAUGACAAGCUUUCGGCUUUAAGGUCACUCACCUUAGAGUCGUUUCUUUCCUACAAGGGAUGCAAACGAGGUUCUUCUCACUUGAAAGUUUCUUGCCUCAAGAACAGGAAAAUCCUCCUUUACUUUGGCUCCUCUAGUUCUCUCUUCAAGAAGUUGCUUGACUCCUACAAACAAAUAAAGGAGGACUAUCCUGGUUCUGAAGUGGUCUUUGCUCCCAUGUGUAAUCCAAAUCCAGUUAAUGAGAUGCCGUGGCCGCAACUGUCUUCUCCCGUUGCAAUACCCGAGGUUCUUUGGUUUAAGCCUAUACUUGUGGCAUUUGGGGACGACAACCGGAUUAAAUCAUUACAUGCUGAAGAACGUCUAGAUUACAGAGAAAAUGAGGUUUCACUGUUUGAUGAUACUUUGCGUGAUGAGACCCUCGAAUACUUGACAUGUGAAAUACAACGUUGACGGGUACAGCUCACUGUUUAACUGGCCACUCUGCUGCUUGUCUUUGGUUAUUCUGCUUUUUGUGUGUUUUAGUUGAUGUUAUCAAUCUGUAUUCGUAAAGAUAAUCGUAUUAAUAAUAAAUUAUUUGCAUUUUUGUUAAAAAAAAAUGGACAUAGACAUGAACAACAGUAAAAAAUAGGAUCUAACCUUCUGGUUCCUUGAUUUUUGCAUGUGUUAGUAUGAUAACAGA